AUGAAGAACCUCCUACAACAGCUCAUAGUAUUGUUGAUCUUCGCUUAUCUCCCAACUUCUUAUUCUAGUACUACCUGUCUACCAACUGUAUGGGGCGUCUACUACACCGGCACAGUCAGCAAAACUAGAGGAGGCCUCCCCUGCCAGAGAUGGGACGCCCAUGCCCCUCACAAACACUCCUACGGAAAGGAUGCCUUCUUUCCUUACGACGGCGGCAUCAAGGGGGCGAACAACUUCUGCCGAAACCCCCGUGGUAAAAUGAAAAAAGACUGCAAACCAGACACAGUGGGGAAGACCUACAAAGGAACUGUCAGGGUGACGAAAUCUGGGCGACCCUGCCAAUACUGGUCCGCCCAGUACCCUCACAGAUACCGCUACAUCAAGUAUGCCCUGUUCCCAGAGAAGAAACUUCGGCUGGCGAAGAAUUAUUGCCGCAAUCCUACAGGAAAGCCAGCUCCGCCGAAAGUAUCAGGAAAGUCAGACCAAAACCCCUCAAUGUGCCUACCGACAGAAUACGGCGUCUACUACACGGGCGGCGUGAGUAAGACACGGAGUGGUCUUACCUGCCAGCGCUGGGACGCCCAGGCCCCGCAUAAACACUCCUACAACAAGAAGAAAUACUUCCCCGACGGCGAUUACAAGAAAGCAGCGAAUUUCUGUCGGAAUCCUGGCGGGAAGAAGACGGGUGUUUGGUGUUAUACGACUGACAAGAAGAAGACGUGGGACUAUUGUAAAGUCACACUGUGUACACCUCAGAAGAAGGAUUGCAAAGUAGACACGAGGGGCAAGGUCUACGUAGGAACAGUUAGCGUUACAAAGAGUGGUAAACCUUGCCAACACUGGGCGAGCCAGUUCCCUCAUGCCCAUCCGUAUGCGAAGAAAGCCGAGCUCUUCCCAGAUGUGAAUCUCGGCUUAGCCAAGAACUACUGCAGGAACCCUACGAAUGAUCCCCAUGGACCGUGGUGUAUCACGGCUACUGCCUCCACGGUCAAGGAAUACUGUGAUAUACCCAUUUGCCCGCAAGGUGAAAUUGAAUAUUUUAUAGACUUUAAUUAUUGGGAAUUUUAUGAAUUUGAGAUCGGGAAGACAUACGACAGGAACAUCGCAAAGAAUGACCAGUGUCCGUAG